ACUGAAAUGCGUGACUACGAAUAAUACAAUGAAGUUUCAAACAUUGACGAUUUGCUUCGGAUGCGUGUGUGUCCCCUUGAUGUUUGUAUGCACGCACACACCACGAGCCCGACAGCUCCAGGAGGAAGUCUGUGGUGUGCUUGUUGAAGAGUGAGAGGGAGGGAGGAAGGAGGGGGGCAGCCCAGAAAUGCGAAGGAGGUCAAACGGCGGCUUUCCUUUACAGCUUCUAAAACGGGUCGUGCUUGCUGAGGAGACUAACGGCCGCCGACACCCCUUAAACAGCCGCCUCGCCGUCUGUUCCGGAUCUCUUCGCACGGCACUCACUCUCCAUGACAGGUUAAAUCAAUUUCAAGAUUUCCCAACCCAAGCACCUCUUCUUCUCCGCCCACCACCAUGAACGUGUCCAGUCUCAGCAGGUGUUUCCUGGUUAAUUUACCGCCGUUACCAAAAACCAAUUCCACCAGCAGCAUCACGUCUCCCUGGUUCUCCACCAUUUUCUGCAUCAUUGGCCUCAGCUCCAAUCUCUUUGCAUUGUUCGUCCUUCUGAAUGCCUACCAACGGACCCAGAGCAGCUCCCGAUCUUCUUUCCUCAUCUUUCUUUCUGGUCUUGUGGUGACGGAUUUCUUGGGCCUGCUGGUGACCGGAGCAAUUGUUGUGACGUACCACUUUAUGCACUUUAGUUGGGAAACAGUGGACCCCUGGUGCAAUCUCUGCAACUAUAUGGGCAUCUCGAUGGUCUUUUUUGGGUUGAGCCCGCUGCUUCUGGGAGCCACCAUGGCAGUGGAGCGCUACAUGGGAAUUAACCGACCAUUCUCCAGGUCGACCAGCACCUCAAAGCAGCGUGCUGUGCUUACUGUGGGUCUGGUUUGGGCUUUCGCCCUCUUCAUUGGCCUCCUGCCCAUAUUUGGAUUGGGCCGCUAUGAACUGCACUACCCAAAAUCGUGGUGCUUUUUCCGCAUUGCGUCUGAGGCUACGGAUUUGGCCUUCUCCUUAACGUUCUCCAUGGUGGGGCUCCUCUCUGUCGUGAUGUCCUUCAUCCUUAACACAAUCAGCGUGGUGACACUCUUCAGGGUGUGUUGCAAUCGUGACACAGUGCAGAGGAGACGCGAUCACGAAGUCGAGAUGAUGGUGCAGCUCGUGGGAAUCAUGGUGAUUGCAUCUGUCUGUUGGAGUCCAAUGCUGAUCUUUAUUGCACAGACUGUGCUAUCAAACAAGCCUGUACAGAUCCGUUUCCUUCUCAUCUACCUUCGAAUUGCCACCUGGAACCAAAUCUUGGACCCCUGGGUGUACAUUCUUUUCAGACGAUCAGUCCUCAAAAGGAUUUACCCCAAAAUUGGAAUUUCACGUUCUUCCAUCAUGACGUUAUAUCCGACCCUCACCACGUCACUACGGAGGAAACUGACCCAAGAGUCCGUGCUGGCAUGAACUGAACGACGGGUUUGGGAAUCGAAGUCAAGCCAGAGGGGAACGAGUUCUGGUGGCUUCUUAGACGAAGAAAAAGAGAAUACUUGUGAGCC